GCAGCGGUCGGGUAAAGGGAGGCAGGCGCUCUCUGACAGCGCGUGAAGGAGGCGUAUCAUUACUCUCAGUCAUGAGGUUCCUCCGCUCGGGAGUGUUUUUAAUCAACCGUGGGGCUCAGGAGCUUUGAGAAGAAAAAAGAAACCCUCAGAGAAACUUUUUCUCUCUGUUUGGACGCUGAAGCCGGACUUCACAUCCAGCUCUGACGCACGUCGAACGAGUUCGAGAUUUUCCACGAUCAUGUCCUGAAGCGUUCCUCAGAUAUGUGCGCUUUAACCCAGCGCGUCGGAUUCGACAGCGCGCCGUGAUCCGGAGGGAUGAUGCGGGGACCGAACGCGCGUUCCCAAUGCUAUGUGUCUUGACUCUAUCCAGGAACGUUUGUGCAGAAGCGGGAAUGCUUUUCCGUGGGAUCUGGGCGCUCCGCCGGAGGUGCUGCACUGGUCCCCUUCUGCUGCUAGGGAUAGCGCUCGGGCUGUUUUACCACACUGUGACCAUGCACCGGGACACAACCGAGUUCAAGUCCAGUCAGCGGGACCAAAGGAACGGAUCUGCAGUGUUUGAUUAUAAACUACUGCUCAAGAACCCAGAGAGACUCGUGUCUCUGCUAGAAGCAUCACAGACAGAUAGUUUUGUGCCUCAUUCUAAGAGCCGCUGUGCGGGAAAAGCCAUUAUUCUGACAGGCCAGCGUGCGACGGACACCGAGGUCCAGUUGUACCAGAGAGUCCUACAGCAGCAGGGGUACGGAGUGGAUCAGGCCCGUUACGCAGAGACCAGCGUCUCACUCAGACAGGACAGGAGAGAUGGAAGAGACUGGUCCGUCUUGAUAUGCCUGAAGGGCUCUGAAAAAAGUUGCCUGCGAAAGAUCAACUUCGCCCAUCCGCAGCACCGCCAGAGGGUUAACAUAAUACCAGCCUUUGCCGGAGCGUUUCUGGACAUGGGAGGAGUCUGCCGGUUUUUGACGGACAGCCAGCUGUCAGGAGUGACAUUACCGAUACUUUCUUCUGCCUGCGCUUUGUCCACAUCUCCACAAGAGGGAACCCCAAAUGCUGCUGAAGAUGAAUGGAGGCCGCCGAUCACACACAGCCGCUCGGACCUGAAUGCCAUCAUAAACGUAUACGUCCUGGUUACCUCGGCAACACCCCUGACUGCUUUCGUCCACCGCACAGCCUUGGUCAAAACCCACUUGGAUAAAACUAGUCAUGCCACCGAGUUGCAGGUAUUCUUUAGAGAACGACUGGGUCCUGAUCUCUCUCAUCAGGCCAUUGAGCGCAUGAAUCACGUCAUCAGUGACAUCCUGAAAGCUGCUCUGUUAACCGCAAAGGAGAGCAUCUCCUCUCCCAGGUGUCAGCUUUGUUUCCAGUUAAUGACCUUCUCAUUGCACUAUAACUCUUCUCUUCAUCCAGUAGUGGUGAAGCUUCAGACUGAUCUGCACUUUGACGGAAUGAAGGACCCUCACUUUGAUGGACAGAUAGCCAAAGAGUAUAUGCUGGAGGAUGUGCUGAAACUGCUUUUCCCAGCAUGCAGCAGUGAGCUUAGCUUGGCGUUCGAGAAUCAAAAGUAUGGUGGCUGUGAAGGGCCAAACGGUCUGUGUCUGCCUCCAGACGAGAUGCAUUUCUUGCGACAGUUUAAUCAGCACCUCAGGAGACCUGGACCCUUUCAGCUGCUCUACCCUAUUUCUCCUGUUCCUGAUGAUCUCCACCAUGAUCUAAUUCAGACAGAGUCCCUCAGCGCACAGGAUUAUGGAUGGAGACCAGCUCUCAUGGCCUUGCUCCAAGAGCUCAGCCUUUACUACACGAAAAAACAUCAGACCGAAAGUUUGGACGACCUAAAGAGCCCAGAGGCAUCAGACCCGCUGUCAAGAAAAGGGAGGUGUGUUGAUCCGCACCUGAGGCAGUUGUACACGGACCCUCCGUUGGUGCUGAUGCCAGGGUUUAACGCGCUGGAGAAGGAAUAUCGAGCCGAGGUUCCGUUUGAUGUGAUCUCUGUUCGAAUCCGGCCGGAACCGGUCAACCCGCACUGCCACAUUCAUCUGGACGAACACCGUGGACCCAGGAUGGCAAACUACCCAGUUGGCCUGGGCAACAGCAGAAUAAACAUUCUGGUGAUGGACGAAUCAGAGGCCGAGCCCGUCGUCAUAACGAUAUACACUCUGCACAUAUACCGCGAAAGCAGGCCCAGUCUGCCAAUGUUUGAUGAGUAUGUGAUGUGCAGCUUUGUUCAGGACUGUGGCCUGGUGAUCAGACCAGAUCAGCCCUGCGGUUUGGAGUCCAUUUCUGGGAUGAGAUCUUCAGAAGAGGCCCAGGCCUCACCUCGGCCUUGUCUCUCAGGAGAUGAACCUGGUCGUUGGGUCGUCCCAUGUCUGAGCUGUUCAGACAACAGGACCUGUGACUGGAGAGAGGUCGCCUGGCAGCCCGACAGCUGUUAUCACCCUGUAUUGGACCAACCUCAGUUGAAAACCUGCAUGAUGGACCGGAAGGUCCUGUUUAUCGGCGACUCAACCAAUCGAGGGAUGAUGUACUACCUAAUGGAGAGAGUGAACACAACUCUGGAGGACUGGGACAAGGCUCACGACACAAUCAUCUACCACAACCUGAAUCAGGGCCGAACUAUCGUCAGCUACUCUUAUUACCCACAAUUCUGGCUGCCGAAGGCUCAGAGGCCCACUUUCCAAAGAGCUCUGCAGCAGCUUCUAGAAAGGUCACAACCCCUGGAGAACUCGCCUCAGACAGUGCUGGUCGCUGGUGGGGUGCAGUGGCUGAACCUGAACCAUCUGAGGACCAUUCAGCAGGUUUUAGAGAGGGAGGGUCUUGAGAAAAUCAUGGUGGUGGUGAAGUCUUUGGGAAUGGGUUUCCAUCUGCCUGUGGAUGGUAUACGCUCUCUUCCACUGAAUGGAGUGCAAGAGCUCUAUAAUUUGAACAAAAAUAUUCUGGAGAGCGCCAAGAGUCUUGGAUAUGAGGUCAUUGACACCCUCAGCAUCACCAUGGGUCGUUAUAAGGAGUUCCUGCAAGGACGAUGUGCCUGCCAUUUCCAUGAGGUCUACAAGCUUCCCUUUCCGACCGCUGCUUCUCAUAGAAAGCUGAAGAUCUUGAGGCUCGGUGGAGAAAGUGGGAAUCCGGCCAAUGAGCAAACGGGGCCUAGAGAGCGCAAACUCGACUUGUCCUAUCACGUAAAGGGACCAGUAAACGCGGUGUAUUCGGAGAUCCUGCUCAGCAGGAUGUGUGUGAAUCAAGCCGCCAACGGGACCAUUCGCCAACAGUGACUAAAAGACAGUUAGCGGCUGGUGACGCUAAGCUGUGCGUGUUUUUCAGGUGUGUGUGUGUGUGUGUGUGUGUGUGUGUCUGUAAGAUUAGCUGUGAAUGCGUGUUAAGACAUCUGCGUAAAAGGGCUAAACUGCACACACCGAGUCUGCUGAAGCACAUGCUGGAUCAAAGAGGUAAAUUGGAGGACGAGUUUGGUAGGUGUCUGUUUUGCGCAUGUGUGUUUUUGUGUAGAGCGAUCCAGAUGGUAAAGGGGUCCGGAGAGGGGGGGGGGUUCAAUGAGACCCCCUGAAGCACAGCCAAAAUGACUUUGGCAGCUGCAGCUUAAGAGCAGGCAGUGGCUGCCCCGGUCAAACGGCCUUGCAAAACGUUCCUGCAACGCUCAUGCAACGUUCCCACAAUGCUGCAACCGCCGACCCACGGCCUGAGAUGUUCCCAGUACGCUUUGGGAACGUUUGGCGGCUGCUGUGGAGUGCCUUUGAUGUCACCCUGCCUCACAUUGUCACUUUUAUGGAAGCUCGGGCGACGUUUUGAAGUCUAGCUUUACACCGCCUUUCCUUCACAUGCCAGGUUCACAAGUAUUUAUGAAGUAUUUUCUAUGCCAAAGGUCUUAUGAAGUAUAUUGUAUUGUACUGUCUUAUGUUUCUCACACAUUUAUUUUUCUACCAGUGUUUUUCCAGUGCCUUUAAUAAUAAUCCAUGUAAAAUGUUAUAAAUGCUGUUUACAAAAAAGAGGAUAUUUAUAUUGUUUUGAUGGUAAGCAUUUUUAUAUUGUUGCUGGGUUUACUCUAAAUUGCUGGAAUGUAUGAUGUUUCAUUUGUCCAUAAUUUACAUUAAACAGGAAGUGGUUUGUGGAGAGAGAAAAUUAGUAGGAUUAUUUGAAAUAUCUCAUAAAACGUAUCUUCCCACCAGUUGUUAAGCUCAGCUCAGUAUGGGCACGAAUGCUAUUUCCACUUGAAGUGAAACGAAACCAUGUGUUGACCUGUAAAUAUUCCACAGCAACUCUCUUUUUAAUUUCAGAAUUUACUGUCAAAUGUUUUGAAUGUUCAUGAAGAGCUAUCCCAAGAUAUUUGUCUCUGUAGCCUGUGCAUGAAAUGUAUGAUUCCAACAAUCAUCAUGAAUGUCACUUAUCCUGAACAAUUAAAAAUGUAUAUUUUCGUAAUUUAAAAUACAUUGCUCCUUUACUUUAUCAUAUGCUUCUCUUACAAUUAGAUUUUCAUUUGUCAUAUUUUAACGACAUACGGUGCAGUUCA